UUUGUUCCUUUUUAAUAAGCAGUAUCAAAUUUCUUAUCUCCUUAAGUCCAUCUUUCUUUUCAUGGUUCAUAGUUCGUACUUGUGAUUAAUACUUUAUUAGUUGGACAAAAAAAAAUUGACCCAGAACUACAAUUUUUUUUUUUCCCUUUAUAGUGCCUACAGUUUCUUUGAAAAUUAAUGAACCCUUGCAAUUUGUUGAACUAAAGAUAGCUUGUUGAUGUGAAGCAUUACACCUAGUAGGAUCGUGCUAUCGUUGCUGUUAUGGGUUGCGCAGUUUCUAAAAAAGAUAGGGUAAGAUCUGUAUUGGCAGAUUCCAGUUCCAAAAAGAGAUCUGUAUUGGCAGAUUCCAAGUCCAAAAAAAGAUCUGUAUUGGUAGAUUCUAUUGCACUUGCUUCUGAAACAAUUUUCACUGUCAAUGAAGUAGAAGCUUUGCUGGAUCUAUACAAGAAAUUGAGCUGCUCCAUCUCCAAUGAUGGGUUGAUCGAGAAGGAAGAACUCUUACUGGCACUUUUCAGGAACCAUAAGAAGAAAAACCUUUUUGCAGACAGGAUAUUUUGCCUUUUUGAUGCUAAUCUGAAUGGCCAAAUUGACUUUGAAGAAUUUGUACGAGCAUUGAGUAUUUUCCAUCCAAGGACUCCUGAAUCUGAGAAAAUUGCAAGUGAGGAACACACACCAGAAGUUAGAAUCCUUAGGACUUCAAAUUAUUGUGAUGCAUUUAAAUUGUAUGAUCUUGGGCGCACUGGCUACAUCGAGCGUGAGGAGUUGAAGGAGAUGGUCACGGCUCUUCUUGAAGAAUCUGAUCUUCACCUUUCAGAUGAUGUUGUUGAAGCCAUUGUCGACAAGACAUUUAAAGAAACAGAUACAAAGGGUGAUGGCAGGAUCGACCAAGAGGAGUGGAGAGAAUAUGCUGCUAAAAAUCCAACAUUAUUAAAAAACAUGACUCUUCCGCAUUUAAUGGAUGUAAAUUUAGCAUUUCCAAGCUUUGUCUUGGGCAAAGGAGUGGAAGACUCGGAAUUUACAGGCUAUUGAUUCGAUAAGCGGCAGAGUCUACCUCUCAGGUAAAUGGUGCAUUAGCAUAGAAGAAACAUCUGUUCUGAUGUGGUUGGAUUGCUAUAAUUUUCUAAUUUCAGAAAACAAAUGAAUUCCCCGACAACUGUGUUCAUCUCCUAGUUCUGAACAUAGUUUUCUGAUGUGGUGAUGCCAACAUGGAUUUGUGAAGUUUGUAGAGGAUACCUGAAUAGCUUCUCCCCAACUGUUAUCUUAAUGUAGGAAUUGCACCCUGUAGCCAGUUUUCACCCUGCUAUUUAAGUUAUAUCCAGUUUUUUUUUUAAUUAUUUAACUUGUUAGCCAGUGUUGCCAAACUUCAGACAAAAUACUAUGUCGAGUAUCAACAUAUGUAAUGCCUUUUCGUUCUCAGUGUUUCAGUUAUUGUAUGUUUGUCUUCUGUUUUCAAGAGUUGUAAGCACAUAGUACAUGAAGCACUCUACAUUUAUUUUCUUGUUUCUUCU